AAUGAAUUUCAUCCGCAAUACAUCGUGACGACAACGAUGCUUUCAGAGCGUGUUUUGCUCUCUUUAGUCCCAUUGACUUUGUGUUCGGUCUUAUGGUUUGGUCCUAGGAGUUUCCAGUUCCAGCCCUACUGCACUUCUAUUCCACCAUAUUUCCCUCUCUUCACCGCUAAAUCCGUCAUCAUUAAAUCUCUCAUUCAUUCAAUCAUUUAAGGGUAUCAAGAUGUGGAAGCUAAGAGUUUUGGCAUGUCUUUUUGCGGUCUCAUAUUCUUACUUUCUUCUUCUCGUUGUUGCACAAGUUACAGAUCCCUCUGAAGUGAAAGCUUUGGAGGCUGUAAAGAGCAGAUUGAUUGAUCCAAUGAAGAAUAUCCGAAAUUGGAACAAGGGGGAUCCAUGCGUAUCUAAGUGGAAUAGAGUUACUUGUUCAAACAAAACUGGGACUGAUGGAUACUUGCAUGUUACAGAACUCCAAAUGAUGGGAAUGAAUCUCACAGGAAUUUUAGCUCCUGAGCUGGGACAGCUAACUCAUCUUUGGAUAUUAGAUUUCAUGUGGAAUGAAUUAACGGGCACAAUUCCCAAGGAGAUUGGAAACAUUAAAAACCUGAAACUCUUGCUCCUGAAUGGAAACAAACUUACAGGUUCUUUUCCUGAUGAGCUUGGAAAUCUAUCAAAAUUAAAUCGACUACAGGUCGAUGAGAACCAAAUGUCAGGUCCAAUACCAAAAUCUUUUGCAAAUUUGAACGGUGUUAGACACCUCCACUUCAACAACAAUUCUUUCAGUGGUCAAAUUCCUUCUGAGCUUUCCAAGUUACCCCGUCUUCUUCACUUGCUUUUGGAUAAUAACAACUUUACUGGGAUGCUCCCACCAGAACUUGCAAACAUAACAGAGCUGGCCAUACUUCAACUUGAUAACAACAAUUUCAGUGAAUCUGAGAUUCCGGCUACCUACGGCAACCUUUCGAAAUUAACUAAAAUAAGUCUUAGGAAUUGCGGCUUGCAAGGAACUGUUCCUGAUCUAAGCAGGAUAGGUAACCUUAGUUAUAUAGACUUGAGCAGGAAUCAUCUAGUUGGAUCCAUACCAUCACAAAAGCUUUCUCAUAAUGUGACAACAAUAGAUUUGUCGUAUAACCGUCUUAAUGGAUCUAUUCCAGGAAGUUUUUGGGAUCUUCCUUCACUGCAGAAACUUGAUCUGAGUAACAAUUCAUUAUCAGCCUUAUUGGAAGAUAUAAAUCCUCAAAAAAAUGUCACUCUGAGGCUUGUAAACAAUCCUAUCUGCAAUAAUGCAACCAUACAAAACAUAGGCCAGUUUUGUAAAUUGGAUGCUGAACAGAAUGAGAUCGCUGAAGAACCUAAAGAUCCAAAAAAAAGUUGUGAUGUUCAAGCAUGCCCACUAGAUGAUUUCUAUGAAUUUGUCCCAUCAUCUUCAGAUUGCUAUUGUGCAGCGCCAAUCAGAAUUGGAUAUAGGCUAAAGAGCCCAAGUUUUUCUUAUUUUCGUCCAUACAGUAGUGAAUUUCAGGUGUAUCUAACUAGUGCUCUCAAGCUGAAGGUUUCUCAAUUGUCAAUUGAUUCAUUUUUCUGGGAAGAAGGACCUCGUCUCCAGAUGUAUUUGAAGCUUUUUCCUUUGUUCAAUGAUUCUCAAUCACAUACAUUCAACAAAAGUGAGCUUCAUCGAAUUAGAGAACAAUUUACCUCCUGGAAUUUUCCUCGUACUGACUUUUUUGGACCAUAUGAGCUUCUGAACUUCACUCUCCUGGGACCUUAUGAAGAUGAGUUGUUUAUUAGCAAACAUAGUGCUGGAAUUAGUAAAGGCAUUUUGGCAGCGAUUAUACUUGGGGCUAUUGCUUGUAUAGUUACCAUUUCUGCAAUAGUCUCAUUUCUCACCAUGAGACAUGCCAAAUAUCAUCAAGCACCAUUAAGAAGACGUUCGUCAUCGAUGGCUUCCAUGAAGAUUGAUGGUGUAAAGCCAUUCACUUUUAAAGAAAUGGCAUCAGCUACCGAGAAUUUUAAUUUCUCAGCUCAAGUUGGUCGAGGAGGUUAUGGAAAGGUUUAUAAAGGAGUUUUAGCAGACAACACAUUUGUGGCCAUAAAACGUGCAGAGGAAGGAUCAUUGCAGGGCCAGAAAGAAUUUUUGACAGAGAUAGAACUGUUAUCGAGGUUACAUCACCGGAACCUGGUUUCAUUACUUGGGUAUUGUGAUGAAGAAGACGAGCAGAUGCUAGUUUAUGAGUUCAUGCCUAAUGGAACAUUGAGGGACUGGCUUUCUGCUAAGGCAAAGGGAACCUUGAAUUUCAGUAUGAGAUUACGAGUAGCAAUGGGUUCAGCUAAAGGAAUUCUUUACCUACAUACUGAAGCAGACCCUCCUAUAUUCCACCGGGAUAUUAAAGCAAGCAACAUACUUCUGGAUUCUAACUUCACUGCUAAAGUAGCAGAUUUUGGACUGUCGCGACUCGCACCAAUGCUGGAUUCCGAAGGGACAGUUCCUGAAUAUGUAUCUACAGUUGUGAAGGGAACACCAGGCUACCUGGAUCCGGAAUAUUUUUUGACUCAUAAGUUGACAGACAAAAGUGAUGUCUACAGUCUAGGAGUUGUAUUUCUGGAGCUCUUGACAGGCAUGCAUCCAAUUUCGCAUGGAAAAAACAUUGUCCGCGAGGUGUUGACAGCGCAUCAGUCUGGGACGAUGUUCUCUGUUAUAGACUCCAACAUGGGCUCCUAUCCAUCUGCAUGUAUCGAAAGGUUUGCAGCUUUGGCACUCAGCUGUUGCCAUGACCAGACAGAGAAGAGGCCAUCAAUGUUGGAAGUGGUGAGGGAGCUAGAAGACAUACUUCAGAUAAUGCCAGAAUCAGACACAACUGUUUCAGAAUCAACUUCCACCUAUUCUGGCUCUUCUGCAACACCACCUUCAUCCUUGGUCACGAUGAACUCAUUUGUUUCUGCAUCUAUAUCAGGAAGUGAUCUUGUUAGUGGUGUCGUUCCUACCAUAUCCCCUCGCUGAGAAUCUAUGUUUGAUCAAUUGUAAUUUUAGUUUUAAUUUAGGUUGGAGAGAUAAGUGUACAAGUAGAAUGUUGUUUUUCUUUUGCAAAGAAAUUCAUGGUAGUUUAUUUACGGUCGUCAAACUACAUAGAUCUUCUGACUCAAUUUCUGCUUUGGCUCCCUUAUACACACAUCAUAGACAUGGUGUAAAGAAAAGAGAUACUAAUACAUGGAAAAAGCAUUGCAAUCGUGAAAUACAAAGAGGAAUAUCAAUAUUUGUUUUUCUUUCUGUAAAGAGAAACCAUGUAAAUGUUAAUUUACAGUAGAUUUUAUUUUUAGAGUAAUAUUUAUGUAGGUGUUUUUUAUAA